GCGCAUCCGGCUGCGCUGGGUCGGCAUGAACCUGGACGGCGGCGGGCGCGGCGCGGACUUCGGCAUGAGCGCGGUGAGCUGCGGCAACGGGAAGCUGCGCCAGUGGCUGAUCGACCAGAUCGACAGCGGCAAGUACCCCGGGCUGGUGUGGGAGAACGAGGAGAAGAGCAUCUUCCGCAUCCCGUGGAAGCACGCGGGCAAGCAGGACUACAACCGCGAAGAGGACGCCGCCCUCUUCAAGGCUUGGGCACUAUUUAAAGGAAAGUUCCGAGAAGGUAUUGAUAAGCCGGACCCUCCGACCUGGAAGACACGCUUGAGAUGUGCUCUGAACAAGAGCAACGACUUUGAGGAGCUGGUGGAGCGGAGCCAGCUGGACAUCUCAGACCCAUACAAGGUCUACAGGAUUGUCCCAGAGGGCGCCAAGAAAGGAGCCAAGCAGCUCACCCUGGAAGACCCGCAGAUGGCCAUCGGCCACCCCUACUCCAUGACGACACCAUACACAUCCCUCCCCGCCCAGCAGGUCCACAACUACAUGAUGCCACCCCAUGAACGCCCCUGGAGGGAGUAUGUCCCUGACCAGUCACAUUCAGAAAUCUCGUAUCAGUGUCCCAUGCCAUUCGGUCCCCGCAGCCACCACUGGCAAGGCCCAGCUUGUGAGAACGGUUGCCAGGUGACGGGAACCUUUUAUGCUUGUGCCCCACCUGAGUCCCAGGCUCCUGGAAUCCCCAUAGAGCCAAGCAUAAGGUCUGCCGAAGCCUUAGCGCUGUCAGAUUGCCGGCUGCACAUCUGCUUGUACUACCGUGAAAUCCUGGUGAAGGAGGUGACCACAUCCAGCCCCGAAGGCUGCCGGAUCUCCCACGGACACACCUAUGAUGCCAGCAACCUAGACCCCGUCCUGUUCCCCUACCCAGAGGACAGCGGGCAGAGGAAGAACAUCGAGAAGUUGCUGAGCCACCUGGAGAGGGGUGUGGUCCUGUGGAUGGCCCCGGAUGGGCUUUAUGCCAAGAGACUGUGCCAGAGCAGGAUCUACUGGGAUGGGCCCCUGGCACUGUGCAGCGACCGGCCCAACAAGCUGGAGAGAGACCAGACCUGCAAGCUCUUCGACACGCAGCAGUUUCUGUCAGAGCUGCAGGCCUUCGCGCACCACAGUCGGCCGCUGCCACGCUUCCAGGUGACUCUGUGCUUCGGAGAGGAGUUUCCAGACCCCCAGCGGCAAAGGAAGCUCAUCACGGCCCACGUGGAGCCCCUACUAGCCAGACAGCUGUAUUAUUUUGCUCAACAAAACAGUGGACAUUUCCUGAGGGGUUACGAUCUACCAGAACACAUCAGCAGUCCCGAGGACUACCACAGAUCCAUCCGACAUUCCUCCAUUCCAGAGUGAGAGUUGUCAAGGCAAAGGAUUUCUUGAACUGUAAGUACUUGACUUUGACGAGGACAGCCAAUGGUCUGUCCUCUCUCAGCUCCAGUGCUGAGGAUGAGCACAGCUCGCAGCAAGAAUGGCUAUAGAAAAUCGCCUGCCGCUGGUGGGAAGACAAGCUUAUUCCAGAAGGAACUGCAGUCUUCACGUCUGCCCAGCAAGCUGACCACCCUGCCCUCUCGCAGACUGCCACCUUUUACAGGAGGAAAACUCACCAAGCUACUUGUUUACAUCCACUUAAACUGAAUCUGGAAUAUGGUUCUUGUUUAAAGACUGAGAAAACUUGUAUUUUGGCAACUUAAGUAUUGUCUCAUUGCUCAGGGAAAUAACUUGCAAACUAUGCACACGUGCAAAAGAAAUGCAUUCAUGCAUUAGGAGCUGCAGUUCAUGUGGAAAUACUUGCUGAGUGACAGGAGCUGAAUCUUAGGGUGGCCCGUCUUCCCACCUCCCUGGCGGCUCCGUGGAACCCACCCCAAACCCCGUUUCCUCUCCUUGGCCUACCCCGGAAGCCAGUCGAUGAACUCUGUUGGGAUUUUCUUCAGCCAAAAAUCCCUGGGCCUGCUUUCAGAUAGGAAUGGUUAUCAUGUUGUUAUUUCUCAUUCUCUAGAAAUUAUUGCUAAGACUUUCUUCUUAAAGAAGAAGAAAAAUUAACCAUCCAAGUACGAAAGCGUGGUAACAUUUCCCCUCUUCUGUUUGUUUUGCUGGGCGAUUGGUAGUAUCCAUGGCAACACCAGGAGGAGGAGCCAGGACUCAGGUUGGUGAGUCCUGGCAGAAGACCAGGCAGGGUUUGGAUUGUGUAACUGCACACUCGGGGGCUGUUUCUGCUUAUGUUGUAUAUUAGAUGCUUCCUCAUGCCAAUAAUAGUUUGUCAGGGCCUUAAAAUGACUGGACUUUGGCCAAAUCUAAUUUUGAAUUGAAUCUCCAGCUCCCCAGUUGCUUGGAUUCCGCAGACCCCUUAUCUUCUGUAUCUUGGGGACGCCUGCAUGGCAAUAUUUUUUCUCCUACAAAAUCACUGGUGUUACCUCCAGGCUCGGAAGAGAGUCAAUAGUUCUCAAACACGUGGCUCUCUUGUCCUAACCUUUAUUCUGUCAUUCACUCAGCAAGCACAUUUUCUUUUUCUUUUUGGAGCAGUGUGUCACUAUGCG